AUGGACUUCCCUGGCGGCGCGAACACCAACAUACAUCUUAUUGAUGGAUUCUCCAAUAUUUACUGGAGAAUAUACACAGAAGAAGCUGGUAUCACAAAUAAUCCACAGGAGAGUCCCGCCAAUGGCUACACUAUUCUCAAGCACUUGAGUCGUCUCAAAGAUUUAGAGGCUCGAUUGAGAGGUUUGAAUUGUCUGGCCUCAUGCCCUAGGCGCCUAGGGCUUUGGGUGUUCUCCCCCACUCCCGAGUUUGAAAGCCUGAAACCUUUGUAUGUGAGGGGAAGUGACUCAGAGUCAAAUAGGAUCGUCGUUGGCACAACAACUUUGAAAGUCUCUGCAUUGGGAAGUGUCUCCUCGCUAGACUUGGUGAAAGGGCUGUCGUCCGACAACCAGAGUCAGCACAGUACCCAACCCGCUGGGCAGCCACGGCCACAUCAGAGCCAACCGUCAUCUCGGCGUCAAGAUGGUUACAGCAGUUCAGCGGCCAUUUAUGCCUCUUUUAUAUCUGCUGUCACUGGUUCAAUCGGCCUCCAGUUGAUUCGACGCCAUGCUGCUCUACCCCUCGGAUCACGCACCCUUUUCACUGCCGUCGAAAGGUCGGGAUACGAAAGUCCCCAUAUCAACAAUAACAGCAUCCUCUCCACUUCUUGCUUGACUACACUCAACAUCCAGUUAACUAUGGGUGGAACAAUAACUGUUUCCGCCCAGACUGUAUCCCAAACGGGCAUAACGCGACUGUGCAGUCCAUGCGAGGACAUUACCGAAAUAAUCGACGUGCAGCCUGGAAUUGAUCUUUGGCUAUGCCCGAACGGGACUAUCGCUAAGCUUGUCACGGCUAAUAUUGACUCGCCAGCCCUUCCUUCUCUGGGCUACCCCGCCUCUGGGAAUCUGUCUGCAAAAAGAAUACAAUGGAAAUUGGACGUUGUGCAGUGGCUGCGGAAUUUUGGGUUGCAUGUUGACUCAAUUGAUGAAGAACCCUGGGUUGAAGUGGAGGUUUGGGAGCCAUUUUUCGCGAGGCUUGCUGGGGAAGCAUGGCGACAGAGCGAUGAUAGUCAAUCUGUACUACCGCUGAAACGCAUGCUAUGGCCAGCGAGAUUUUGCUUCAGAAGGGCUAGCUCAUCAAAUUUCUCUUCCGGGGCUCAAACCUCCCUUCUUGACGAACCCCUGGAUUUUGCAGAGCGAUGGUCUACAAUGGCGGGCUCUCUCAAGCUAGAUCAUAUUUCCCCUACUGCUCAAAACACCCCUACCACCCAAGACCCACAAUCGAAAGACCAAGAAAUGCCGUCGCCACCCAAGGCCGAACCCCUGGAAAGCAUAGAGAGUUUAUCCCGAAUUGCGCAAUAUCCUGAUUUGCAAAGCACGAAUCUUGUUUAUCCAACUCCCCCAGAUGGAGCUGCAGCAGUCGGAUUGAACAACCCAAACCCUUCCGAGGCUUUUGCCGACGAUUCUGACUUCGGACUACCCCAUGCAACGCAACGAAGUUCAAGAAGAAACGCACCAGGAUCUGACAUGUCACCCGUUCAGAAUAGUGGAGUUGGCACUGGCCGAUAUGAUGCAAGCGACGAAGAAGAUCUCUUUGGGGAAAUGAACGAAAGAGAUUUUGGGUCGAGAGGUAUCACCGAUGCGGACUUCAGCUUUUUUGAUGACCCUGAUUUCGAUGGCAUGGAGGGUGACUCUCGUGUAGAGGAUGCAGAUGAAGCUCUUGAAGCAUCUCAUCCUCAGAGUGAAUCGGAGGCCGAUGCCAUGGUUGAUGCAGAGCCCUCCCCCAACCAGCCACGGGAAAUCCCAGCUCAUGUCGACACUCAUGAGGUACACGCCUCUCCGAUACACCACGAAGCCCGACAGUUAUCUGAAGAGCCUAUGGCCCCCGAAGAACCAGCUCAUUCGCCUAUGGAUCGCGCAAGUCAAACAAUCAGCCCGCCCUUGAGCCCAGUGGAAGUGAAAAAGAUCUUGUUCCCGGGGCCCGAGGCAGACGAUCAUCAACAGUCGACAGAUAAUCGGGGGCAAGGGCAUUACCACCCAGUGGCAUUCGAGAAGAAACUUGGUGAUUGGGAUCAGAAGUACGGAGCAGCCGGCAAAUUCUGGUUCUCCAGUGGUGGCUCGUUGGACACGUUAAAUCAGACAUCUGACAUACCUACGAUUGGCAUUCCUCACCGUGGCCGAAGCAGCGCCAACGCACUUGGCUCCUCGAAAGAACGUAACAAGACUAGUUUAUCUCUGGUUCAGUCAGAAAAUGGUCUACGAUCAGCCUCGGUGAGCAGUGAUAGCAGCGACGACAGUAUCGAGAUCAUGUCGGAGCAUGUUCCAACGCCGGCAGCCACGACGUCAAUCCCUUCUUUGAAGCGGAAACGAGCUCCUUCGGAAUCUGAUAUAAUAUCGGUUGCAUCCCAAGAGAAGUCAUUGCCUGGCCCAGAAGCAAGUCCCGCAUAUGCAGCCGAGAACUCUACAUUCCUCGGUAAUUUUCUAGCUAACUUUUCCGAUUGGACGUUAACCGGUUAUUUCUCUGCCUUUCCACCUCAACAACUCCCUGUACUUCUUCGCCGUGAAGGUCAACUUGAAGUUGCCCAACUUCUGGUUGACCAAAUCACGCAAUCCUCCCUCAAGCAUCCACUUGAUGGGCAAAUUGGUCUUUUUGAUCUCGAGAGCGAGCCUUUGUCACUGCAAGUCCUUGACGACACAACGCUCUUGGGCGAGACCUCGAGAAUGGACUUCAAAAGAUACACAUCAUUGCAGGAUGAUUUUGUUGCGAAUCAACCGCAACAGCAACCGCCACAACAUCCGCCGCCACCUAAAGACUCCCCAAAAAGCUUCAUUUCAAAGUUAUCGGCGCCACACAUACGUGUGCGUCGAGGCAAAGAAUACUUAGAGGCUCUUCCCCCGGCUGUAUCCUUUUGGGAGACGUUUGGUCUUGAACCUGCUCAUGGACCAAAGAACAUUUCUGCUUAUUGUAUUCACCCACAAGCUGCGUCAAAAGCAGCAGAUGUGUUCUUGAGACGGUUUGGUCUUCUCUAUCAAAGUUGCAGUCUUGGAACCCAUACCAGAGGAGACGAUUCUGUGGCAUUUGAAGAGGGGCUGAAGUCAUGGAAAUCUGAAACAUCUAGUUAUGAAUCUAUGAUGCAGGUAUUGAAGAGAACAUGCGAGCAGCUUGGCUCGGAGCUCUCACAAUCCCCAGGCACUACUGAUAACCAUGUUGUCUAUAUCAUCAACCCAUUUACGCACGCUGCGGCACUAGCAGACAUUUGUUCCGCCUUCUGGCACCUUUUCCAACAAUUGGUAGCCGGUUCCGAACGAAGGCAGACUCGAAUUUCCAACGAGCUUGUUCUGCAGAUAAUUCCGCUGGAGUUCGUCAUGUCGAGCGAAACGAUGAUUAUACCCCCCCAGACGGAUUAUUUGAAUUUGGCUCUCGAAGUCUACAGUCGAUGUCGCCCAAAUGAUGUGGAUAUGAGCCCCCUGCUCUGCGCGCCACCAAUGCUUCUGGCCGACGCUCUCCCGAGAGCCAUUAGUUUCCGACUUUCCCCCGAAAGAUCCUCGCCGCUUCAGGAUGGGCGAAGUCUUCACAUUGCCUACUCUAAAAGUCUUGAUCAACGCUGGAUAUCGGUGGCAUGGUCUGAUUUGCCAGGUUCUAUACAAAGAACCAUGUCUUACUGCCUGCGGUAUCGUCAGUCGAGUGGUGCCAGACCGGUGGCCGAGGUGAGAAAUGAAAUCUGGGCUACGACGAAGCACAUUAUGGAUAAAUUCCAAGCACGAUGGAAGGUUCAACUGGCGACUACCGAGCCUAUGGAAACCGAUGAGGUUGAAGCAUGGGCUAGUCUAGCAGACCAGCACAAUAAGUCAAAACCUGGGUCCUUGGAAUUGACCAUCCUGGCUGUCAACACUGUUCCCGAUUUGAUCCUUGAGCCACCGGCUCCACCCAUAUCGAUGGCUAUGCUGAAUAUACUGUCUUCAUCUACCCCUGUCUCGACUCCUAAUCCAAGUGCCAGCGUUGCAUCCCCCGAACAAUCAGCCAAUGCAGCCACGCCAACCAGCGCAGGUCCCGCCGCCUACAAUGCCCCCACGCCAACGGACAUGUCGCUUGAAACAGAUUCAGAAGCCGUCCUCACUGAUAUCUGCGACGAUUCCUGGCUAGCCAUCCUAUCACACCGGCUCAACAGCUCUCCACACCUCACCGAAUUCCGACCCGCCUUGUCCAGCGGGUAUCUCCUCCGUCGCAAGGGUGCUACUGAUGGCGACGGUGUGUUUGCAAUCUCCGUAAAUCUAAUCCAUUCCCCACGCCCUCCCGCAUCCCACGAUAACGUCCUGAAAGAUACCUUAAGUAUGUAUCGGGACCUGGGCUGUCUUGCCCGGGCCAAGGGCAUAUGCAGUGUACAAAACAACACAAUGCCUUGGCAUGUCGCCACGGCUCUUCGCGCACAAGAGCUUCUGAGUUAUGUUUUUUAA